CCCUGCGUGCGCACCGUAGAAACAGGAAGUAGAAGUAAAGCUCCAGCAAAACAAAACCAAACUGAGGCGAAAUCAUCUCAAAAUAAAUAACCCUGAGUGAAAAUGGAAUCUGUAGACACACGGCCACCUAGUAACGAUUCACGCUGCGUAUUUUUUAAUGCACAUACCGAAGACUAUCGAUGCGUGGUGAUUUUAACAGUAAAACGAGCCACUGGCACGAUCUCCUUAGCAGGAUGUCUCUUCAUGCUGUUUGUGAUCUGGCUGCUUCGCAGAUAUCACUCUUUGGCUCAGAAGAUGAUUCUCAGCCUGACUGUCGCCGCCUUUUUCGACAGCGUAGCAUAUGUCAUGGGUGAGUCACAUUCAGAGGGGUCUCUUUGUGCCUUCCAGGCCUGGUGGCUAACUUACUUUGACUGGAGUUCCUUGGCCUGGGUUUGCCUCAUCACUUUGAACCUGUACCUCAACCUAGUCCGAGAAACAAGCACCAACAGAUUUGAGAUGUUUUACCAUCUGGUGGCGUGGGGGGUUCCUCUGGUCAUGGCCUCUUUACCCCUGCUGAAGGGUUACUAUGGCCCCGCGGGAGCCUGGUGCUGGAUCACAGACGAUCACGUAGCCUGGAGAUUUGGGAUUGUGUCUUCAUCAGAGUUCAGCGAAGCGCGCAGACAGGACAGAGGAGGCGGGGAAGGCUCGGAGGAGGAGGAAGAGGAUAUGAAAGAGGAUGAAAGAGGAAGGAGAAUGGAAAGCAGAGGACAACGCUGUAUGAUGGAGAUGGUAUGUGCCGCUGUUCAGCCUGAUCUUUCUGAUGAUCUGCUGCUACGCCAGGAUCAUCUGCGUGGCCAAUGCGAGGUUGCAGUCAUGGUUGGGAACCUUCAACCCAGAGAGGGAGAGACGAAAGGUUUCGUUGGCCGAGGAGAUCAAGCCAUUGAAGUGGUAUCCCUCCGUUUACCUGCUGGUGUCAAUCUUUCCCCUCAUCAACAGGCUCCACAAUGCCUUCUACCCACAGGAUCCGUCCUUCUCCCUCACCUUGUUGCACGUCCUGUCGGCGCCACUUCACGGCUUGGCCAAUGCCUUUGUCUUUGGCCUGGAUCGGGAUUGGUGGAGUCUAUUGAGCCCCACAGGCCUGCAGCUGGCUCUGCAGUCGCGGCUGUGUGACAGGACUCGGAUCGGAGAGUACCACCCCGGGGCUGUGCGCUACACACAAGCUGACCUGGUCGACCUCAGCGAUGACGAGGAUGACGAUGACACCAACGUGCUCUUUUACUCCCCCGACAUGACCCUGAAAGGCCGAGUGCCCUGAGAGAGAGCUGCAUAGAGGGACAGAGAGCGAGUGAGAGAGGAGACAAAAGAGCUGGAAGGAAGGAGGGUCACAGCCAGAGAGAAACGCAGCAGAUUAGAAACCGAGAGGAAGAAAAAAGAGGUAGGGAGGGUAUGGAAGGGAAGAUUGGGGGGACAGUCAGGCAGAUAGAAGCCGGAGAUGAGCUGUCAGGUUCCAUUAUUAAUCCCCAUCCUUUACUAUUUAAUAUCCUAAAGACACACUCACACACACACACACACACACACAAAGACACACACUGUGCAGAGCAGCAGCUCCCUGCAAUGCUAUCAACCAAAAGGAGUGGCUCUAAAGAUCCUCCGAAUGUUAAAGAUAUCUGCUGCAUCCCGAAGGUCUUAAACCGAUUUCCCUCUCUGCGUCACCUUCUUGAUUCCUGUAUUCUGCUCCUGUGUUUUGGCUAACCACAAAAAAUGAAGGGAGGAAUAAAAAAACAUAAAGGACGUCUGAAAGGCAAUCAUAACAAGGUGUUAGUUUAACAUUCGCAGCAAUUACCUUUUCACUUCUCUGCAGGAGAUGAGGUGAAAGCGGGCCUUUUAAAAAGCACCCCGUGUGUCAGACAUGAAAGCAUCUACAGCUACACGUAGAUUGAUCCCAGCACUGAACUACUUCCCUGCCAAUGAGCGAGGUGCAGUGGAAAUACAGAAGGGUUUCAAAAAACGUAAACAUUACCUGGUAGUACAAAAAGUCCCAGAACACCAGUGGUGGUUGUAAGGAGCCUCUCCCUCCUCAGACAAUAUUUGUUUUUCUCUUUGUAUCUGACUUGUAUGUUACUGUUGUUUGCAGCUUUCGUAAGUUUUUCUUUGAAAAGCUUGUUUUGUAUUUUUUAUGAAAUCCUGAACUUCUAAUGUAGUAUUUAUAUAAUAGGUCAAUGUACUGUAUAUCUGUAUAUAUUUGAGUAUACACUCUAUUUUUGUACGUGCCUUGGACUGGAAUGUGAAGAAAAGACUUCUCUAGGUCCAAAAACCUGCUGCACUCACAUGACAAGUCGAGGAAGAGCUUGAUUCAAUAUGUAGCCUUAAGAACAAAGUACUGAAAGAAGAAACAUUUUUCUAGUCAAAUAAGAACCUACACACACACAAGCUGUUUUCAGACAUGAAUAUUGGGUCUGGAAAUGUUCCGGACAUUCCGUUUCACAAAUGAAUCAUGCAGCAGGAGAUUGUCUGGACCAGAAAUUCAACUGCGGAAAACUGUUUUUUUGUUUAGAGCCCAUUGGGUCUUAUCGACAGGUUCUUGAAUCUCCUCUUCCCACAAUUUGACAUCUUCUAUGUCUGUGGCUCCUCUUUUUCAUCAGAUAUCCGUAUUCUUUUUGUUUAUUCCCCCUUCUCAUCUGUCAUGUUUUAGAAAUGGCAUCAACACACCCCCUCGCUCGUCGGAUAUUUUGCCGAUAUUUUCCUGCUUUGUUCUCGCUGACAUUUUACUACAGGGGCUGGCAAGAAAACUCCCGGAAAAUGUCCGGAGUUCAGUUCAUGUCUGAAAGCAGCUGUAGACAUUAGACAUACAGUACAUGCUUCUCAUUAAAUGUCCCCGUCAAAAACCGGUUGGAAAAGAAGACACGUGACACAACAACAGCCUGUGAUGCUUUGUCGCCUCGUGGCUGCUGCCGUUGAGGGGACAUAGCUGAGGUGUGAGUGGCAGGAUAAUAGUCACUUUAUAUUCAACCUAUAGCCCCAUGUGGUCCCCCCCCCCCCACGUGUAGGUGGUUUCAUCACUGUCGGUGCACGCAGCUUGCUGUCAGCUGCCGCUCUGACGAGUUGAACUAAUGAACCGACACUUGACCCUUUUUACCCUUGAGUUGUUGAACUUUUCUGCUGGGCGUCAAUGACACCAGAGUGCAACUUUGGUUUGCAGUUCACAGAGGCCCACCGCACUCACAUGUACUGUGCCCCUACCCCUCUUUUGGCACUGUUGCUCGUUUUACUUGACUGCGCACUCCAUCAAAUAAAUGAGCAGGAGAUACAUUUCAU